AUGGGAAAAGUUCACGGAUCUCUCGCGCGUGCUGGUAAAGUCAAGGGCCAAACCCCGAAGGUGGAAGCUCAGGAAGAUAAGAAAAAACAGCCCCGAGGCCGUGCCAAGAAGCGCCUCCAAUACAAUCGACGCUAUGUAAAUGUAGUAACAGGCAUGGGAGGAAAGCGAGUGGGACCGAACUCCAACGCUGAUAAGAUGAAAUAA